CGUCCAAGAUACGAACAGCGACUCUCUCUUUCGGCUGAUUGUGAAAGACGUUCAAUUGCCUGCAGAACCCGCACACGAGUCGGGAUCGUUGCUCUCUUAAAGAAGUCACCAUUGCUUCUCGAGUUGCGUUCACGAUCGACCUGUAUCCACAGUCGUGAUUACAAACACCAUCGAAACCCUCACAACAUCCCCAGCUUUCAAAGCAAAGAAAGAGUGAGAGAGAGAGCAACCCUAUCAACCAUGGCCUCCUCCACCGUCGACCUCCCCAAGUUUGACGAUCUCCCAUUCAUGCCCGGCACCGAAGACCGUUGCGCCUGGGGCCUCUUCGACAAGGACGGGAAAAAAGACAUCUUCGGGACGCUCAAUCUGAUCACCCCGGAGGUUCUGCAAGCGGCCUACGCCAGCGAGCUGCAGCGCGGCGAGAGCGUCAGCCUCAACUGGCACCUGGGGGGGUUCCGGAUGAAGGAGCAUUUCCGGCAGACGGUGACCAAGAAGGUGAUCUCCUUCCUGGACAUGGGCGGCGGGAUGCACGCGUGGGACGACGAGGUCUCUUUCAACACGCAGUGCUCCAGCCAGUGGGACAGCCUGGUGCAUUUCCACCACCAGAAGCUCGCGGUGGGCUACAACAACGCCAAGCCGACGAAGGAGCUCCUGGGCCAGAUGGACCCGUACUGGGACGCGGAGAAGAAGAGCCUCCCGACGCUGGACCAUUGGCAUCACCGGGGAGGCUUCGUGGCCAGGGGCGUGCUGAUCGAUUUCAAGGCGUUUGCCGAGGAGGAGGGGAGGGAGUUCAGUCCCUUCCGGUCGGAUCAGAUCACGGUGCGGGACAUCGAGGCCGUGGCGAAGAAGCAAGGGGUGGAGUUCCGGAGGGGGGAUCUGUUGAUCAUCCGCACGGGCAUGACGGAGGCGUUGGAGCCGCUUUCCGGGGAGGAGCAGGCGGCGAAGAUGGGCUCCGGGUCGGCGGGUGUGAGGGGGGAUGUGGAUAUGGCGAGGUGGUUGUGGGAUUCGAGGUUCGCGGCGGUGGCGGGCGACAGUCCGGCGUUUGAGGUCAUUCCGCCGAUCAAGGGGACGAUCAACGAUUUGGUCAUUCAUCAGUACUGCCUUGCGGCGUUCGGGAUGCCGAUUGGAGAACUCUGGGAUCUGAAGGAGUUGAGUCGGACGUGCAAGCGCUUGGGUCGCUGGAGCUUUCUGGUGACGAGUGCGCCUCUGAGGGUGCCUGGAUUGGUGGGUUCGCCGCCGAAUGCGUUGGCUCUGUUCUAGUCAUUGGAAAAAGAUACUCGGAAUGUCAAUUGCUGAAGAGACGAAGAAAGGGGAACAGUAUGAAAUUU